UAGUCAAAAAAUUUGUUCAUCAUUUCAUCCGAUGCUAGUCAAAUAUUUCGUAGUACAUUUCAGUCGAAAUAUGGUUCUACGGCAAUAAACAUUUGCGAGAGUUUUUCCAAAUUCAAGCACUCCAUGCUUUCUCAAUCAAUAAAAUUUGUGUCAAUAUAUUUAUAUAUGUAUUCGCUGUAAAUGCUGCACCACGCGAGACUCGUAGCAGUUGCUGUCAAAACUAAAAAAAAAAAAAAAGGACUGCUUCAAUGUUGAAUGUAGCUCGAGUUUGCACAGUUCCAUAAAAUUUUUGGUUUCUAAAAGCACAGAACGAAAUUCGUGAUUUUCAAAAGCCAAGUUCCAAAAAAGAAAAAGAAAACAAAAAUUCCGAAACAAAGACCAACUCAAAACAUCGCGAAAAUUGAUAAGAGAAGAGCACCAUGUGCAGUCUAGACGAUUUCUUUGCUAAGAAGGACCGCAAGAAGUCCACAACAAAAACAAAUCUCUUGGCCGCCGACGAGCUCUAUCGCACACUGGAAGAGACCGCCAAGGCGCCCCAGGAGGUGGACAGCACCGAGAAGCUGCAAGUGGAGGGGACCAACAAUCAGCAUCAGCUUGAGUUCGGCAUACGCUUCUCCGACGAGACCAUCGAUGAGGAGGAUGAGUGGUGUGAUUUCACCGAGGAGCACGAUCAGCCAUUUCCCAAUCUCAAACGCAACUCCAAGCUGAUAUUGAGCGCAACGGCUGCGGCCGCCAACGAGGAUGCGAAUCUGACUGACGAGAACUGUCCCUAUCAGGAUACGGGUGGCGAUGGCCUGGGCGUCGGCUCGGCCCAAGACGAGCUGGGCAAGCCAGCGUGUCCCUGGCUGAAGCUGGAGCCCACCGAGCUCACCAGCUUCUCAAGUCCAGCCAAGGAGGGGGCUCUGGAGCGUGAGCCGGCACUCAAUGCCUCGCAGUCGCAGUCGCCGCUGCUGCCUCGAUCCCAAUUGAAGUCGCAGUCACAGUCUCAAGUACAAAACCAAUCGCCGUUGCAGUCCCAGUCCCAGAGUCAGUCCCAGUUGCAGUCGCCGUCCGAGUCGCAGUCCCAAUCACAGACAACACUCAAGACUCAGCCAAAUAAUGUGGUCAAGAAGCAGGUCUAUGUGCCGCCGGCUCUGCGCCAGAGCCAAAGCGAGUUCAGUGUUCGUCCACGCAAGCAGGCGAAUUCUGUGUCCAUGAAGCUGGCCAAGGGCCAGGCGCCCGACAUAAACAAUGUCGAUUUCUUUCCAUCACUCUGUCAAUCACGCAGCUCCAAGCGCGCCAAGUAGUUUUCGCAUUCAUCAUUAUGUUUCUCCGUUUUUUUUUCUAGUUAACAAAUUUAAAUUUGCAACGAUUAAAGCUUGAGUCCCGAU